AUGCAUGUUCCAGGGCCAUGGAGGCUACUCAGGGGCCUCUUUGGGUUAAUGUUGUUGCUGGCAUCAACAGAGGCAAUCAGUUUAGACAUCAGCGAUGAACAAUCGAUCAAAGAUGCCGCCAGCACCACCGCGUACGCCAUGAUGACCUACUACCACGGAAACGAGAGCGGCCAUAUCCCAGGAGCUUUUCCCAGUAAAUGGUGGGAAGGAUCGGCUCUCUUCCUUGCCCUGCUUCACUACCAAUACUACACCGGCGAUACCAAGUACAACGAUGAAUUACGUGUGGGCCUGGAGUGGCAGUCCGGUGAUGACGGGGACUAUAUGCCAAGCAACUAUAGUAGCUACCUGGGAAAUGACGACCAAAUGUUCUGGGGUCUCGCCGCCAUGACCGCCGCCGAAUUGCAAUUUGCGGAUGUCUCCGAUGGCUUCUCGUGGCUCUCGCUCGCCCAAGGCGUUUUCAACACGCAGAUCAAACGAUGGGAUACCACGGCUUGCAACGGUGGAAUGCGAUGGCAGAUCUUUCCCUACCAGUCUGGCUAUACGAUGAAGAACUCGAUUUCAAAUGGAGGGCUGUUCCAACUAUCGGCUCGACUUGCGCGAUACACGGGCGAUGAUACCUAUAUCACAUGGGCCAAGAAAAUUUGGAACUGGUCUCUAUCCUCUCCUUUGCUCAGCAAUUCUACAUGGAAUGUUGCCGACUCAACAAAUAUGGAUGACGAUUGCGCCACCCAAGGAAACACCCAGUGGUCAUAUAAUUAUGGGACGUACAUGAUGGGUGCAGCCUACAUGUAUAAUUACGUAAGUUCUGACUGCUCCGGGUUCUUUGUUGAAGGUCUCGCUGACUCGCAAUUUGCUGGUCAGACCAACGGAAGCUCCGAAUGGCUGGAUGCUGUUGAUGGUCUCUUGACCAAGACAAUUAACAAGUUCUUCCCCGAUAGUAAUGGGGGCAUCUUUGAGGAAGUUACAUGUGAGCCUUCAGAGGUUUGCAACAAUAAUGAGAUCCUGUUCAAAGGACUUGUCUCUUCCUGGCUGUCUUUUACCGCCCUCCUCGUCCCGUCAACCUUUGACACCAUCGUGCCGAAACUACAAACAUCGGCACAAGCCGCCGCGAAAUCAUGUACAGGACACAACAACAACACAUGUGGUGUGCGAUGGUACAAGUCAGAGUACGAUGGCUGGAUCGGUAUGGAAGAGCAAAUUAGUGCAACAGAUAUUUUCGUUGCAAACCUGAUCAGUUUCAACAAAUCUGCUCCUGUUACCUCUACCACGGGCGGAAACAGUACCAGCAACCCAACUGCCGGCGAGAACGACACGUCUACUUCCACGACCAGCAAAGAAGUUACUACUGGAGAUCGGGCAGGUGCUGGGAUCUUGACCGUGGUCUUCGUUGUCGGCUGGGUUGGUCUGUUGGGGUGGACUGUUCUCGGAGGUUAA